UCGACUGCGAGCGAGACAGACCUUUGCACCACGAGCGCAGGCCUACAGAUGAGCACGGACACUGCUGACUCUUCUUCAGGACUGUAUGCAAGGAAAACAUGAGUCUUGAUGGAGACACAUUAUCAGUGAUUGAAAACCCAGUGGCUGUCAGUCAUCCUUUUCACUCUGAGAAAACAGCAGGAGUUGCAGGGGCCAAAGGAGUGCAAGGCUGGUUAAAAGGAUUUCAGUCUACUACUCAAGCUCACAGGCUGGUGAGGCUGCUGGCAGCGGUGUGUGCAGUCGGACUUCUCGGAGGAUUAGUUGUAGGUGUCUGGUUUCUAGUCAAACUUUUGCUGAGGCCAUCGUCCUCCCAAAGUCCAGUGGGGCUUGGGGACACAAAGGAGACAUCCUUCUGCAAUGUGACGGAGGAUAUUUCCGUAUCUGACUCGCGGAAAGGUUCAGUGUUUUACAGAAUCAGUCCCGAGAACUCCCUCCUGGAGAUCCAGCUGGGGAAGCUGCCCACCUGGCUUCCAGUGUGCUAUGAGAGGUGGAACUCUUCGCUGGGAACACUGGUCUGCAGACAGCUGGGUUAUCUGAGACUGACCAAGCAUAAAGGAGUGAACCUUACUGAUAUCGGGCCAAACUACACUGACGGCUUCAUACAAAUUACCUCAGAACAAAAGAGCAGCCUGGAAAAUAUGUGGCAGUUCAGGAGGAGUUGUAUCACAGGGAAGGUUAUCGCUUUGCAGUGUUUUGAGUGUGGCACACGAGCAAAGCUACCCAGGAUAAUCGGGGGCGUGGAGGCCACGCUGGGCAGGUGGCCCUGGCAGGUCAGCCUUUACUACAGCAACCGUCACACCUGCGGAGGCUCCAUCAUCACCAGUCAAUGGGUAGUCACAGCUGCCCACUGUGUACACAACUACAGGCUACCUCAGAUAUCCAGCUGGGUGGUCUAUGCUGGCAUUGUGACCCGCAGCUCUGCUAAAACAGCUCAGCAUGCAGGAUACGCGGUGGAGAAGAUCAUCUACAACAAGAACUACAACCACAGGACCCACGACAGCGAUAUAGCACUGAUGAAGCUGCGAACCCCAUUCAAUUUCUCAGACACAAUCAGGCCCAUCUGCCUGCCUCAGUACGACUAUGACCUUCCAGGAGGAACACAGUGCUGGAUUUCUGGAUGGGGAUACACACAACCCGACGGGGUUCAUUCACCCGACACCCUGAAAGAGGCGCCAGUCCCAAUAAUAAGCACAAAGAAAUGUAACAGCUCCUGCAUGUACAAUGGAGAGAUCACAGCACGGAUGCUAUGUGCUGGCUACACAGAGGGAAAAGUGGACGCAUGUCAGGGGGACAGUGGGGGCCCUCUGGUUUGCCAGGAUGACAACGUAUGGAGGCUGGUGGGAGUCGUCAGCUGGGGAACAGGCUGUGCUGAGCCCAAUCAUCCUGGAGUUUACACCAAAGUGGCCAAAUUCUUGGGCUGGAUCUAUGAGAUGAUAGAGAAUUACUGAGGAGGGCUCAUGAAAUACAACAAAAAGAAGGAAGCUUCUGAUGAAACUGGUGGAAACGUUAGAAAACUACAGUUAUACAUGAUACUUUUUAUUUUACAUGUCAGUUAUAUAAUGUACACAUAAAGACAGACUGAAAACAUCAA